AAAACCCCUUUCCUCCAACACAUUCGUUCACUCUGGUGGAGUAAAGUGACAUUGAAAGGGUGCCUCAACGUGGCAUCCUAGAGAAAGACCCCUCUAUUUCCCAACAGCCGUCACCACACUGUACCGUCCUGGCACACGUAGUACCCUCCGAAACGUCCCUACCUCGACUAAUAAAUGACCAGCAUAGGCGCCAGAGAAAUAAAACAAGCGAAAGACACGGAUCGUUAUCCGAACGUGGAGAGAAAAACAACGAAUCAUUUUCGGAAUCAUAUGUAGGAAAAGCGCACGAAUCGUCGUCGCAGUUGCCUUCUCAAUGCAUACCCUUUGUGCUCGGGGAACGAUGAAACCAGAGAUUAGCGCCGCGGUCGGGUUUCUGUCGAGAUUUCUGCGGAUAAAAGGACACGUAAAUGACAGACAGCUUCAAUCAUUCAGCGCAAGUUUACAGGAUAUUUUGUCAGAGCAAUACAAGCACCACUGGUUCCCCGACAGGCCAUGUAAGGGCUCGGGCUACCGCUGCAUCCGCAUCAACCACAAGAUGGAUCCCCUGGUGGGGCAGGCAGGCCAGCGCAUCGGCCUGACCAUCAAUCAGCUCUACCUGCUGCUGCCUAGUGAGCUCACCCUCUGGGUGGACCCCUUCGAGGUGUCCUACCGCAUCGGCGAGGACGGCUCCAUCUGCGUGCUCUACGAGUCCCAGCCGGUGGCCCCGGCGCCGUCGGGAGGCAGUGCGGUCAUCUCGACCCCCAUGGUGGACAGUCACAUCAGCUGCAAGGAGGCGGCGGGGAUGCUGGGCAGGACCAGCCCUUCCAAAGCCUACAACAUGAUGACUAUGUCCAGCUAAGGGCUGCCACCCGCCACGUCGGGUCGUGGGUUUCGCCCUAGUUGGUCGAUGGCGAACCUUUUUAAAGCUAAAAAGAAAUGAAAUGAAAAAGAGAAAAAAAGGAUCAGAAAAGGCAGAGGAUGUGGCCUAUCGUCCAGGUGAAACCUUGUAGGUUGAUAUUUCUUUCUCCUCCCUCGCUCCAUAGUCUGUUAUGUUGUGUUGUGGGAUCUACCGGAGGCUUCGUUUUUCCCCCCGCGGAGAGGACUGUGUGGAGCGUGGAGCUGUUGGGGGCAGCUAAAACAAACCAAGAAACCGAACAGAGACACAGCGCAGAGAAGGGGCUGCUUUUUGUUUUUGUUUUUUUUACACAGAUCUAUCAUUGUUGACUUUGCACUUUCUUCUCCACGUGGUUACAAUGGGUACCAUGUCACCACCACCCCAUCACCCUCUCAAAAGCUUCAAGGAACUGCUGUCAAGAACCAUACCGUUAAAUUUCAGCCUUUUAUCUACUUCCUGUUGUUAUUGCCCCAUAUACCAGUGUCGAGCUUCAGGAAGCCCCUCCCCCUCCAUAUGGAAGUGCAGUGGAAUGCGCUGUGACACCUGUUGCUAAGGACAGUAGUGUGUCACAGCGCACCCCACCAACACCCCCAACCAUGUAUGUGUAGCUUUCUGGGGAGGGCUGGGUAUUUGUCCCCUCCCCUUCGAUCAAUGUUGGUUUGAAAUUCACAAUCAAGUUCUCGUUUUGUUUAUAUCCCUCCAUCCCCACCCUGACCUUUGGCCCUCUCCAAAUUCCAAGUGUAGCAUAGGUGGCACUAUAUUUUCACCAAAAUCUGGAUCGUUUGUUUUGGUUGUUGUGGCCCUGACAUUGAAUGCACUUUUGACAUUUAGAUUGUGUGGGAUGUGUACUUCUAGAGAAAACCAUCUUCAUUCCAUUCGCUCCAAUGUCAUCUUUCAUGAGUUCCCCUCCUUUUUUUGUUGUAAAUUACUCACAGCUCUUACGUCAGGCUAGACCCCACUCUAUAGAAUUGGGGAGAGUAACUCUGAAGGUUUUAAAAAGAUUUCACACUGUAAGCAUUUCAUUCAGAUCCGUUCAGGUGUUGGUAGGUAGGUGCGGUUUGGUGUCGUGUCAGGUUAGGCGUCUGUUGUCCGUUUGUAAGGCACUUGUCUCGGAAGCCCCCCCAACAUACACACACACACACACACACACACACACACACACACACACACACACACACACACACACACACACACACACACACACACACACACACACACACACACACACACACACACAGAUGGCAAUUUGAGACACUUAUAGAACUCUGAUAGAUCUCUCUGCAGCUGUCGAGGGGUGUGUGAGUGUAGCCAGAGGGAAGUCUGUACGCCCCUGACUGUUUCUAUCCAACUCAGUCCCAAUGGCCUUGUCAGGCUUUCUCAUGUGUUUUUGUUAGACUUUGUUCUUGUCUUUGUGAUUGAAGAUGGGUCCAAGGCUUUCAACACCUCUCCUUUCUUCUGUCUCUCAGUUUGGGUGAGGGGUGCGUUGCCCAAUGUAGGACUUCAAUGUUACACUUAUGAGCCAUUCUCUGGAGAACCGAGAGAGAACCAGCAUAAUGUUAGCCAGCCUGGUUCGAGGUGCUGCUGGACCCUCUCUGGAGGUGUGCCUGUCAGGGCAGACAGACACAAGAAGCCCCUCUGGUGCCACAUAUCACCCACAGCUAACCAACCAGCCAACCCCCUCCCCCCAAUAGCAGUACGGAGAUAGCAGUAACACAUAUCAUCUAUCCCCGCACCAGGGGAGGGAAUGGAGGUGGUGCGGGGGCCAGGGCCGGAUACUCUCGUCCAGGGCAGCUACAAUCCCUCCGGCCCCCUCUAAACUAACCUCCACCCAACCAACACCCUCUUGGCGGUGGAGAGCAAAGCCAGCACAUGCACUCCGUCUGCACUGGGAGCCCACAUAGAGACAGGCAACAAAGAGGAGUCAAAGGAUAGGAAGUGACGGUACACAGUCCAAGUUUCUUUGUUUCGUAGGCUGAGCACUGAACUAGUUUACAUGGGUGCAAUAGGAUGAUGGUGGUGUCAGUCGUUCUAUAACUCACUCCUGGUUGGCCGCGCAACAGACAGACGAUGUGACAGGUUGUGGGGUUUCGGGGAUUUUAUCCGCUAAGCUGGCCAGGCUGGGCACCAGCCCAUCAGACCUACAUGUGCUGCUUUAAGCUCCCUAAGCACAGAGGAUCAUGGGUAAUGGAUCUGUGGUUGUUGAUGCACUGCACACCCUAUCCUCCCUCAUCCACCCCUCCUCCUCACUGUCCCCCCUCUCUCCAUUUCUCCUGGUGCUCCUUCAGCAAUCUGUGGAAAAAGCAGUGUCUCCACAUGAGCCAGAUGGACAUGUCUGAGAGAGUAGCACAGAGCUUUGUUGUCGUGGUUGAAAACCAGCUUUUUAAAAACCUUGCAGCUCCUCUAUUACUUCGAUUAUGCCAGCUAUCGAUGUUGUUAUGAGAUUGGUCUGUGUUUCAGACGUAGCAAGUUGUCCCUCUUUUUGCUAUAUGUAUUUUAAAGUCACAGAGGUAGCAUCUCACCCCCCCCCUCCCUUUCGCCCUAGUCUGAUCAUCUAUCCCAAUUUGAACAGACUUCAUUUUUAGACCUACCAAAAAGGAAACGAAGCCGAAAUUGUUUGAUCUCUUUCUCAACAGUAACACCACCACCAAAACAAUUGGAUUUAGUCCACAAUAUCGGAUCUGUAAAUGCAUCCAUUCAGCCUUUGCGCACAUAGGUUUCAGAAACGUUGUGAAAGGUGUUUUUGAAUAGUCGGAGGUAAUAGCACAUAAAAUGCACUAAAUAUGUCAAGUUGAAGUUGUGACGUUUUUGAGACGCGAGGAGUCUCUUCUGGAAUGUAUUACCAAACUCAGGCCUCGGACAUUCAAUAAAAACCCUUCUGGAAAAGCUGUGCAUGUUAAGACGCGAAACGGGAAGGGAAUAGUCGUCGAUGAUUCAUCAAUGAUUUUUGAAUUAUUGCCACUUUCACAUUUAGGGUGUUUUACAUAUUCUAGAAUCUAUUGCUAUUGUACGCCAUAUGGUAGAAUACAUGCAUAACAUUACACAAUGGGAAGUGCCAAUCAUUUGUUUUGAGGUGUUUAGAUGUAUUUCUUUUGCAUUUCCUAGUUUUAACACGGAUAACUAUUUUCGUAAGUGAAGCCAUUUGUGAUGGGAGUGUUGGCAAGGACCAAUCUGUUUUGGUAAAAGAAAUAUCAGUUUCCAUGCCCUGUACUGAUAGACCUAUCCUUUGUUUUUUUUUGACUUACAAAACAAGAAAAACGUUUAAAAAAUCUGAGCGUACCCAAGAAGAAAAGCUGUCUACUCUACCGUGUGAUUUCAUGUCAGUACAUCUUUAUUGUGUUCAUUUUCUUUUCCUUGGGUAUGUUGUGAUGAACUGCUGUAAAUUUGUACAGUUCAUGUAAAUUGAUUGUGCGAAAGUUGUACAGAUUUCUAUAUUUUGGAAGAAAAGUUUUUUUUUUCUCUGUAAUAAAAUAUUUCCUAUCUUGGCAACAUA